AUGUCAUCUUUGCCAACCGCAUGCUCCGCCAUCGACAAGUGCCAAGUUCAGGAUGGCACUUGGUCCUUGGAUAGGACAACUGAGUUGGGAGCAGUAAAUGCGAGCGAGGAAAAUUCAAAUGACACUGAACACCACAAAGACUAUUCCAAUACGAGGGAUGCUCAGGGCCAAUUUAUCUCUGGAGGGAUCACUGGGAUUGUGGAGCUCCUUAAUGAUGGGACUGCACUCAAGUCACCAUUUCCUGAUUCUGAGAUCGAAAGCCACGUCCUAGACAUCGCUAAAGAAGCUAGCAUCUAUCGUCGCAUUGGACCCCAUAAAAGGCUUGUCCGGCUAGUGGGUCAUUCAAGGGAUGGUCUCGUGCUCGAAUAUAUGGAAAAUGGUGAUCUCAAGACAUAUCUCCAGAGUCAUCAUUCAAUAUCGAUGAGUCUAAGGUCGAAGUGGGCGUACCAAGUCGCAGAAGCUGUCGACCUCCUACAUAGGAAUGGCAUAAUUCAUUGCGACAUAAAACCGCGAAACUUUCUGUUGGACAAGGCUUUUGACAUCAAAAUUAUUGAUUUCUCUGGCUCUUCGCUGGAUGGGUCGAAGUCAGCAUCUGGUGAAAACACCCGAUUUUUCCUCCCGCGGCACUGGAAAGAUAAGCCUACAGUGACCACAGAUAUAUUCGCACUUGGAUCAACCCUUUACGAGAUUUUUCAAGGUACUAGUCCCUACGAGGAUGUUCCUAGUGAUGAGGUAGAAAGACUUUUUACACAGAAAGAAUUCCCUGAUGUCUCUGGUAUUCCAUGUGGACAGAUCAUCAAACAAUGCUGGCUAUCUCAAAUCGACUCGGCGGCACAUGUGCAGACUGUUAUCGGAGAUAUCAACUAUCGCAUGGUCAACGCCGACUGUACCCUUCAUCUCGAUGGUUUGGACAUUGAUCGGAAUGGGUUGAUUGACCAAGUGGUCUCUCCUUAG